CAUAAAUAUUUACAAAGUAUGCAAUUAAAGUUGAAAUUCUAACUGGAGUUUAGUACAAACAUUUGUCGAGUUUAAAUUGAGAAAAAUUGGAACGCAAUGCGGAUUAAAAACUUAAAUACACAGGUCGUGUUUAAAGAUCACGGCAAUAUUUAAGUAGCCAGAAGAAUUAAUCCUAAAGAGUUUAAAACGUUAAUAUACAAAGACUCCGGAGAUUCAUUACGGUGUUUUAAAUGUUUGAAUUAAAAUCUACAAUCGUUAAAAUAUUUUUUAAACAAAAUGACAUUCUGUCAAUAAUUCGAUUUUGUGUUAUGAGGAAAACAUUAAAUUUUGGAUUAUCUUUGUUUUUGGUUUGAGAAAAUAACAAAACAGGCGUAUAUGAUCACUGUAUAAAAAACAGAUACUGUAAAAUAUGUGGGACUAUUUACUUUAAAAAAGCAAGUAAUCAAUUGAUCAAAUACUUUAAACGCUCUUAUUUGGGCUCUCAAUUAGAGCUGCGAGUAGAAAAAGGACAACAAUCGAUAAUGAACAAAUAGUCCUGAAGUCGUUAUAUGGACCCAUUUAACUGAAAGAGACAAACUCAUCUUUAAGGUCUUUAAAGAGAUUAUUUAUGCUAUAGGAUUACGUGGAUCAAGGGAUCUAAGAAAUAGAAGUUUCCAAAUGAUGGAUAUUUUCACAGCGAUUGCCCAAGGGCGCGUGCGACAAAUAGGGCAUAUUUUACAGGAUAGUGAUAAUAGUCUUACAACAACAACACACGACGGUAAAACGGCUCUCAUAUAUGCUGUUUGUGAAGCGAAAGAUGAAAUAAGGACUCAUUUAGUGCGCAUGCUCCUGAAACAAGGAAGUGACGUAAACGCAAUAGACGAAAACAGGCGCACUGCGUUAAUGUAUGCGUCUAUGGACAAUGAUAAACUAGAUUUAGUGCGUGUUCUAGCAAGAUGUAAGGGUUGUGAUCCAAAUAUUAAAGAUAAUGAGGGUAACACAGCAAUAAUGCACGCGAUAAUGUGCGCAAAUGCUGCUGCAAUCAAGGUCCUUGUUAACGCAUCAGUGACUAAAUCAACGAUCAAUCUAGAACUUACAAAUGCACAAGGAUUAACUGCAUUAGAAAUGAGCGUUAAACUACAGAUGCCUGAGUGUUGUAAAGUCCUUGUGUGUGAAGGAGGGGCUAACACGAAGCAAGUCAACAAUCAAGUCGGGCUGAUGAGACUCCUAGAGGACGAAAAUUUGUUCCAAAGAAAUAAUACCCCACAUUCUCGACAUCCGUCGAGGAACGCUUUCGUUAACAGAAAGCUGGAUUCUCCGAUUCUUGAAAAUAAGCAGUUUGAAGGGUCAUACAUGUCCAGAGACACUACACCAAAUUAUGUGGACGACUUUCCCGGAAGGGGAACCCCCUACACUGCCCUCUCGCGGUCUAACAGUCUCCAUAGGAGUAACAGUAACCUGUACAAACGACGACCGGAAGCUGGCAGUCGACCAUCUAGCCUCUCAUUCGCAAAAGACGUGCUUGGAAUAUUAAACUCACAGAAAAGCUUAAAACGGGUGUUGACGCCAAUAUCCGGUAGAAAUGGAACCCCGGUAAUAACAAGGGCCGAGAUUUCCGAAGAUUCUAUCGGAAAUAGAACGCGGCUUCCCAGCAUUCCUAGUGGCCGGAAGUUGUUUCUUGUGUCGUCAAAAAACAAGUUCAAUGGCUAUACUAAUUCUGACACGUAGAAUAAACUAGUUUGUGCAUUAAACCCCUACAGCAAAUCAGUCACGUGUCAUCAUAUUGUAAGUUCUAGUUCUUAAACUGACAUUCAUAAAAAUAAACACAAAAUAACAAUGAAAUGACUGUUGAAUGACAAUCAAUUGACAGAAAACAAGCAAAACUGUGUUAAACAUUGUAUAAUAUGUUCAUUUUUUUGUUCCUAACUGUUGUUUAAUCAAAAAUUAAUAUUAUUUUCA